AUGGCUGACAGAAUUAUAGCCAAAAGAGACGAGUUCUUGCGGACUCAAACAAUUGAACAUGAUGUCCCCGCUCCAAGAGAGAUUCCCCAGGAAGAACUGAUGCGUAGGGUCCCAAGACCGCUAAGACAUGUCAAAUUUAUCCCGGUGAAAAACUUGGUGUUCUUCUCUAGGAACAACCCCCCGGCAUUUUCGUAUGAGACCAAGAUCAAGAUUCCUUUGCCAAAGGAUAAGCUUGUGGUCCAGGUGCGCAAUGUAGCUUUGAACCCUGUGGAUCUUAAGAUUAUGAAUAGCUACACGCGCAAUAUGAACCGUGGAGUAGGGUUCGGACGUGAGUAUAGCGGUGUCAUCACAGAAGUGGGGGAAAACCUGCACGGACAAUGGAAAGAGGGCGACGAGGUUUACGGGUUGUUUUACCAUCCAAACUUGGGAUACGGCACAGCACAGAGCUCUAUCGAAGUUUCACCUUCGAAGGACGUUAUUUUACCAAAGCCUUCAAACGUUGGAUUCCAAGCAGCUUCGGGUACCCUUUUUUGUUUGGGCGCUGCUUUCAACAUCCUUGACGAUUUGGAAUCUAAGGGUCAACUUUCAGAAAAAGCUAACAUUCUAAUCAACGGAGGAACGACCAGCGUUGCCAUUUUUGCAAUUCAGCUAUUGAAAUACCAUUAUCGAAUCCCGAACAAGCUCGUUCUACUGUGCUCGGAAUAUGGCGCAGUUUUUCUGAAGUCUCAUUUCCCUGACUUGUGCGAUGAACUGAUCUUUGUGAACUACGUGAUGAGCGCAAACCAUAUACAUAAGCCCCUGCAAGAUAUGAUCAACAACCGUGAAAUUAUCUCGUAUGAUGCCGUCACAGGUCAGCCAUUAUCAACACCAUAUAACGGAGGAAAAUUUACAGUCAUACUCGAUUUUAUUGGUGGCUACCAGUUACUGAGCCACACUGACGCUUUACUAGCCAAGAAUGGUGCAUACGUUACAACCGUGGGGGACUAUCGCGCCAACUACUCAAAAGACGUCUACAAUGCCUGGGAUAACCCUAGUGCAAAUGGAAGAAAAAUUUUUGGUAAGCUACUAUGGGCCUUCGAUUAUACCCAUUUCCACUUCGACCCCAACGCCAAAUACGUGAGCAGGAAUGACUGGGCUGAAAAAUGUGCGGAACUGGUGGAAAGCGAAGUGGUGAAGUGUAUUAUUGACAAAGUAUACGAUUGGAAACAAUUUGAGGACGCCUUGGACUACUUAAAAAAGGGUCAUAGUCACGGGAAAGUGGUUCUCGACGUUGAGAAGUUUUAG